GGUUUAUGCUCGUGACUCGCAUUUCGACGCGUCAGAUGUCUGUCCGAUCCGACUGACAAGUUUGCGUGAUUUUGCACUGCAAAUUAUUAAUAUUUAUAUCGUAGAAUUGUUGUCGUUUACAUCAGAGAAUGAGUAUUCUCGCGUACAACGGCGGUGCCGUGAUAGCCAUGAAGGGCAAGAAUUGCGUUGCCAUAGCGGCUGAUCGCAGAUUCGGUAUACAAGCGCAAACGAUAAUGUGCGAUUUUCAAAAGAUUUACGAGAUGGAACCUCAUCUGUACAUCAGUCUGCCAGGACUCGCCACUGAUACCCAGACUGUCAUGGAGAGGCUACGCUUUCGCUUGAAUCUGUACGAGUUGAAGGAAAAUAGAAAGAUUCACCCUAAAACAUUCACUGCAAUGGUCUCAAAUCUUUUGUACGAGAGAAGAUUUGGACCAUACUUUGUAGAACCCAUAAUUGCUGGAUUAGAUCCCGCUACAUUUGAACCGUUUAUUUGCAAUAUGGAUCUGAUAGGAUCCAGAAACAUAGCGGAAGAUUUUGUAGUAGGUGGAACAUGUACGGAGCAAUUGUACGGCAUGUGUGAAUCGCUUUACGAACCGGAUUUAGAGCCUGAUGAUUUAUUUGAAACUGUCAGCCAAGCUUUAGUCAAUGCAUUUGAUCGAGACGCGAUAUCUGGAUGGGGUGCUGUUGUUUAUAUUAUAGAGAAAGAUAAAGUUACAAAGAGGACUAUCAAAACGAGAAUGGAUUAAACACAAUCUUCUUUUACAUCAGUAUGCAUAACAAAAGUUUCACAAUUACUAUUGUAAUAAAUCUAAGAAAUGGAGAAACAAAUCUUACAUAAUUUUCUAAUUAAAUCCCUAAUAUCUCUUUACAAAUA